AGGCUGAAGCUUGUAACGUGGGAACACACCCUCUCUGCACUUCUACCCUGCACAUUCUUUACUUACACAAACGGCAGAGACACAGCGCAGACACACCUCGGUCCUCAGAAAUGGCAGAAAAAGCAGCACUGUCUGUUGAUAAUGGACAGCCAACAGCAGCUCAGUCAGCACAGAGUGGUCUUGCGGCACCCUCUGCAGGCGCACACAGUGCACUGCAGGACAGACUGAGCUUCACUCCGCUGGACUCCACCAGCGACAGGGUUGUUCAGCCCUUCCCUCGCUCUCCAAAACUACAGAGGAAGAGAGCCAACGCUGCACCGCCGUCCCAGGAGCAGCUGUCCAGACGUAUGGAGGAGCUGCAGGCGGAGAGAUCCAUGACUGAGGCUCACAUCCAGUCUCUGAAGAAACGCAAGGCAGACCUCGCUGGGAGCACAGAGGUGAUGAAGCAGCAGGUUCGAGAGCGCUUCGAGAACAUGCGGCAUGUCCUGAAGCAGGACGAGCAGGCCGUCCUGGACUCUCUGGAGCUGGACCUGAGACAGACCAGGACCAGGCUGGACCAGCUUUUGAAGAACUGGAAACACCACCAAGACCAGGUCACUAAGAACAUCAGCAGCACCCAGGGAGCGCUGAGCAAGAGCCCCGAGACCGAGGCAGACGGGAAGCUCAAGGGCCAGUCUGACAACGUGAGCCAUAAGAAGCCGGACGUCUCUGAGCAGGAAAUCCGACUGAAUGAACAGAGAUUUGAAAAGCUCCUGACAACAUUAUCCUCCAUCUCCAAACAGCUGAGAGCUCAGCUGCAGAGGAAGACCCUACUGUUAGAUUCAUCCCCCAUGGUGAUUGACAGGCAGACUUGCCAUAGCCAGAUCACAGUGACCUCAGCGGGGCGGGGCAUGUCCUUCUCAGGCUCUGCCGGUCCAGCCCCCGAGCAUCCUCUUCAGUUUGAUAAGGUGUGCUGCGCUCUGGGCUGCUCUCCUGUCACAGCUGGCCAGAGUUACUGGGAGGUAGACGUCCACUGCUGCUCUACCUGGGCCGUGGGCGUGGCAUACGCCAGCCUGGAGAGGAAGGGCCGGGACAAGUGUGCUAAACUGGGCCGAAACAGGAACUCGUGGUGCGUGGAACUUCGUAACGGCCACCUUUCCGCUUGGCACAACGACCGGCACGUAGCGUGCCAGGGCGUGGGGAAGAUGCCGCUGGGGAAGGUCGGAGUGUGGGUGAAUUAUGACAAGGGCCAGCUGAUGUUUUACAACGCAGACACCAUGGUGGUCCUGCAGAGGUUCUCUGCAGCCAUGACGCCGGUGUUUGACAGGGCUCAUCAUCAGUUCACUGAGCCCCUGUACCCCGCCAUACGCUUCCUGAAACCACCAGAGAACCAGAUGUGGCCAAAUCACCUGGAGCUCUGUCAUCUCAUCUCCAACACUCUGUGAUACUGCUUUCAUACUCCACACAGUGAUGUGGACUGAAUGUGUGUGGUCUCUCUUCCAUCCAUGUACAUAUACACACCAUUAAAUCAGAGCAGCUGUACAGUAGAAUACAUCACGGUGCAGAUUGACAAAUGACACAAACCAACCUGAAGUCAAUGUCCAGCAGCAGACUCUUCAUUGGCUCAUGUUUCUGCUCCAGGUUUCGCACCUUGAUCAGCUCCUGGAGUCUGGCACAAACAAUGAGUACUGUUAAUUUAAUAAAACUGAUCCCAGUCAUUCAACCAUUUUGUUACCAAGACCAAUGAAAAAACUGUUUUUUUUGUUGCCUUUUAGUUCUGCUCGUUUUGGUGGUGAGUAAUGAUGGGCAGGUGGUCAAAUUGGGUUGCUACAUUUUCAAUCUUCUAAAGGGUUAGGGAAGUUGUAGUGGGGUUGUAUUAGGUAUUUAUCUGUAGUCAGUCUGUUACCUACAGCAACGUAGGGCCUACUGCUGUGGACGGGAGCAACAGAAUAUAUUUUAGCAACUUAAAAAAAGGCCCCAAAAAAUAAAAUAAAAUCAAUAUUGGUUUAAUACACUAAUGAGUUCCUGCUCUACCGCUGCCUUGAUAGGUUAGUUAAUGCGUUGGUUUGGACCAGAGCUAACCUUUUAUAACACCAAAGUCACACUUACAACCCCACUUCACAAAAGUCAAACUAAGGCUUUAAUCAAGUCGGCCAAAAUCAUAAUACUCUAUUUUCUUUUCCUUUCAUGUUCUGAGACCAUGGUUGUUGUAAACAAUCAUAAUCAUAAUUGAACAGGCCAUUUUUCCUUGACAGCUAUCCCCAUUAUCAGCAGACUGCAUAAAUGCAUUAGUUGGCUUUUAAAUUGUUGCCAAUGUAUCAGACUGUACUGUAUUUGCUACCAGGAUAUGCAGUUUCAUAUAGAGUGUUGAUAAAACUUGACGAUAACCAACUUUAUGGCUACAUGGUUCUGGUGGUAAGAGAGAAGAUGGAGGUGAUUUGGGUGAACUGACCCGCUAUAAUUUAAACAAAUGUUCUAGUAUUUGCAACAUCAAAUUCAAAUAUGUCUCUCACCUGGGGGUGCCCACACACAGGACCUUCCUGUAUCCCAGAGCAGCCAGGGUGUCCAGCAGAAAGUGGGAGCUGCGGUCGGUGAACAGGUACUGGGCGUUGCUCUUCUUGUUGUCCAGAGGACGCAGCAGCAUGCUGGGCCUCCUCAGCUGAGCCACGGUGACUGCCGUGGAUCUGUGAGAGGAGUGGGCCUCGCGCUCGCCUGGCAGGAGCAGAAUCUGACAAUCCUGACAGAACUUCUUCUCAUCCAGCGGGAGGGAGGAGAACUUUCUGAACCUGAUGGAUGAAUUAUAGACCUUUCAGAAAGUGCUGAUUAACAUGCUCACUUUUCAAAUGGGGGUUCUGAAUUUGGUCAUUUGACAUGGCAAACAUUUAAAGGGGAAUUUGGGUAUUUUUCAACCUGGACCAUAUUUUCCUCCAUAGGUUUUUGUGUCUACGUAACUCCUUUCCCUGUAUUUUCGCAUCUAAAUCAGUGAAUUAAGGGAUUAUUUCACCCAAACGAAAGUUGGUCAUUGUUGGAACAGUGGAAAGAGAAACCAUGGGUCUGUUGAAUUUUAUUUUGUUUCUGUUGAGUUUGAAUAAAGUCUUUUGUUGUUACGAGGUAAAA